UUCCACUAUUGGCUGAGAGGAGCAAGAAGGGUUUCCUAUUGGUCCAUUCCUCUGGCUAUUUAUGCUUACAUCAUCAUUGACGGUCUGCGUCGUUGUUUACAUCUGUUUGUAUUUUAAUCGCCAGAUGUGCUUUACGUUUGUCGCCAGUUAGCUAAAGGUUAAUGAUAUAACUGGGGUUUUCCGCACCGAGGUGGAUUUAACAUUGCACGUUGCUGUCGUUGUGCGAAAUGCACUCAAGGGGCUUCUGUCUAAUUUUGAGGUCACUUUUAAUGGGAUUUUGAUUGUUUUUCAGCAACGUACUUAAAUUGUCCCUGACAGAAAGCGGAGAACAUCUCGCUCACGUUACGUAAUUUCAUUAGCUAGUUAGGUAUUUACAUGUGAUGUAAAGGGUGAAAUGCGGUGAUGAAAACCCUCUGUCCUCCAGUUUGGUUGUGUUUCGGUUUUCAUUCCUCCUCAGAUGCUCCUCCGGUCUUUGACACAGCUCGCCACUGUCACCUGAUUACAAGAGGAAAUUGUCACCGAGAUGGACUGGAAUUUCUUUUUGUCCUACUCCUGCAGGUGCAACAUAUAACAUACUGAACGGACAAAACAUGAUGAUAAGUGUAUGGAAAGACAGUAACGUGGAAAAGGGAACCGAAAGUUAGUCUGUCGUCACUAAGCUCUGUUCAGCCUCUCCCAAAGUCGAAAAAAAAUCGUCUAACUUUAGCUAAUUUAUUGAAUUAUUAGCCCUGUCAGUCUGGCGGAUGAAGGCGCGUGCUGAGCUUUGCGUUUAAACUCGUUUGUUUCCCGCGAGCCGUAAUGUCGGACACAGAGAGGUCUCUGCCAGCCCUCAGGAGGCUCAGCUAUGCGGUGGGACACUUUCUGAACGACCUGUGCGCCUCUAUGUGGUUCACAUACCUACUGGUGUUCUACCACUCAGUGCUGGGAUUCCAAAACACAUAUGCAGGUGUGUUGCUGCUUGUUGGGCAGAUAGCUGAUGGUAUCUGCACGCCUCUCAUUGGUUACGAGUCUGACCGAACCCCUGGCUGUGGCAACUAUGGCAAGAGGAAGACAUGGCAUUUAGUUGGUACACUGAGCGUGAUGCUGUCCUUUGCCUUCAUCUUCAACCAGUGUCUGGGCUGCGACUCCCUCACCCCGCAGUGGGCCAGUUUGACCUACUUCGUCCCGUUCAUCAUCGUCUUUCAGUUUGGCUGGGCUGCCACUCAGAUCUCCCACCUGUCUCUCAUUCCAGAGCUGGUCACCUGUGAGCACGCCAAAGUAGAACUCACUGCGUACAGGUAUGCAUUCACAGUGAUAGCCAACAUCACAGUGUAUGGAGUGGCUUACUUGCUGUUUCACUACCAGGCCAGAGAGGACAAUGACCUACUCAGUGAUGCACUUGGACCAGCAGAUAUUCUCGUCUUCAGGAAUUUGGCGCUGAUUGUGCUGGGCAUCGGUGCUCUCUUCUCCCUCUUCUUCCACCUGGGAACUCCUGAGUUGAGGCCUGGAGCAGGAGGGGAGGCUUCAGAAGAGGAGGGGAGGAGGAACAAGAAGAUGGAGGAGGAAGAGGAGGAGGGGGAGCGGAGGCCCCUGCUUCCUCGCUUUAAGACCUCCUUGUCUCCUCUGCAGUGGAAAUGUUGGCUGCAGCAGCCUUCUUUUUACCAGGUGGCCUUACUCUACAUGUCCACCAGGUUAAUAGUCAAUCUGUCUCAGACCUACAUCUCAAUGUAUCUCAUCAACACUCUGGGGCUGCCCAAGAAGUUCAUUGCAACAAUCCCAUUAGUGAUGUACGUUAGUGGCUUCCUGUCCUCCUUCAUCAUGAAGCCUCUCAGUAAACUCAUUGGAAAAUGUCUUACUUACUUUGUGGGCCUGCUGCUGAUCCUGGCCUUCUCCUACUGGGUGCUGUUGGAUGUCAGGAUGGGUCAUCAGGUGUACGGGGCUGCUGCGCUGCUGGGGGCAGGUUCAGCCACCAUCCUGGUCAUAUCGCUCGCCAUGACCGCCGAGCUCAUUGCCGAUCAGACGCAAAGUGGAGCGUUUGUGUAUGGAGCUAUGAGUUUCACUGAUAAGUUGGCUAAUGGAGGGGCUGUGAUGAUCAUUCAGGCCCUGCAUCCUUGCCAUACUGUGGUGUGCUGUCCGGCCUGUGUGUGGUUCUAUCAUUACAUCAUGGUCAUAGUGACAGGAGGCGUGGCAGUCGUUGCAGCUUUGGCGCUCUGCUCCAUCCUCAUCUGGCCAAUCAGGAUCAGACCACGUGGUCUGCCAGUCAUCUCUGAGGAUGAAGCCAGAGUCAACUAACAGCCCCUCCCCCUCCUCCCCUACCCCAGCAGUACAACAGGAAAACACAAACUCUGGACUGGUCUCAACUGGACAGGAAGAGCUUUCACUUUAGUUUCUUUGUGAGAUUCAUCUUUAGUUUUGCAGGGAGAAGCACCAGGUGAGUUCCUACCUGGCUGCUUGACAGGUGCACUUAAUGUAGCACAUUUAGCACUUCUGAUAAGGAGUUAGCAGGGAAACCAGAGGACCUGAGAAGGGAGAUUUUUUAUUUUAUGCUUAACUGACAGUUCAAGAUAUUGUUUUCUCAUCAUUUUCCAAAAAAUCUUUUUAUUGUGGCCUGGUAAUUAUUCAAAUCAGGUUAAUAUAGGUUCAUUUCAUUGUAGUGAAAUGUAAUUCAACAGGCAGUAGUUGACCUGACUGCAGCGCUUUAUGAAUGGAUUUUCACCCACUUUCAAAACCCAAAGCCACAGCUGAACGCACAGUUGACACAGUUUUUAUGAAGGUGACUGUUAACUUCUGAUGAAAAGACAGGAUAAUGUCUCCUACCGCUCGCUGUUCCGCUUACUACGAGUUCUUCCCAUGUUGAGAGUAACAGAAAGUCCAUUCAUAUAUUUUAAUGACAGGACAAGCCUGUCAUAUUGUAUAAAUAUGUACGUAUAGGAGUGUACAGCAAAGAUUCAAGGGUUAAGGCAAAAAUAAACCUGAACUAAAAUCUAACUAAAACCGUAUCCAUGAGCAAAAAUAAACAACGUGAGAAUUUAAAUAAUGCUAAGUAGACAUUAGCAAUCAAGAUGCUGGAAAGGAUUGAUUCUCCACAUAAUUAAACCAGAUUCUAUUAUAUUUUUGAAGUGAUCCACUUGAAGUGAAUCUCAGUUUCUCUUUGAAGACAACUAUUUUGAUAACCGAUAAAUCAUUUUUAGUCAUUCUUCCAAACAAACUGCCAAAUAUCUACUGGUUCCAGCUCUCCAAAUGUGAGGAUUUGCUGGUAUCAUUCUACUUUCUUUAGAUUUGCUCUUUGACGGAGCUGUCAAAGAAUCUGGGCAGCAACGAGGAUUCUGCUGGAGAACCAAUUCCCCCUAAGUAGGGAAGCCCAGAUCGGGUUUGUUGCCGAUUGCCGAUCGUUUUUUGUUUUGUUAUAGCAGCUGGUAUAGCAGUAUUAAAAAAUCAAGUACUGGAAUACCUUGAAAAUAGCCCCCUUUUUAACAAAGUGCUUAAAAAGCCCUUGAAAUUCAAAUGAACCACAUAACACUGUCUUAUAUUUUGACCAAAGUUUUGUUCAUCAAGUCAUUAAUAAUAAUUAAAUUGCUCAGAAUUAGAAAUAGCUCGGCUUUUUCUUUUUUUAAAUUCUGACUCAUUGCCGGCUCUCCCUCUUCUUUCUUCCUCGCCUGGAUGAGCCCGUUACACAACACUAAAUAUGCCAGGAAAGUGUAGAUUUAAUCCAGCAUGGCUGGAAAUGUAACUUUAUAGCAGUUGGCUUUUGACUGCUGAAUUGAAUUGAAAAAAACGAGGCUUAUAACGUUACCUCGUCUGCUGCAGGCCACAUUUCGGCCUUUGUCGUCGCUCAAAAACUGACAUCCACAGAAACGUUUGGUCUCAACUUGAGCCGGAGAAUCUGCAGAUUAAUUCCAUACCCAAAAUGUUAUGAUCCACUAAAGUUAGACACGAUAUGAAAUAAAUCCCUGUUUUCGUUAGCUUUGCCGCCUUCUUGACUGGAAAGGAGCCUGCUGCAUGUUGCCACUAUGCUUCUUAUUGGGUGGCCGCUGUGCGUCUGCGCGUCGCUAUAUUGGAGAGGUCAAAAUCCGCUAGUAAACAAAAACAAUGUGCAAUGUUUAUUUGUCAAAAACAGCCAAUGGACCAACUCCAGUUCUUCUUGUUAUUUUCCUCCAGUCUCUCUUCUUUUUCCUCUCAUCUCUGUACAUUUAUGAAGCAGAUUCUUAAAGCCCCAGGGAAAUGCGAACAUUUUUCACUCAAGUUGAAACAUUUUCAACUUGUACGGAUGUGUCUCGGCGUCCACCCCCCGGGCUAAUUUGCUUCUAAUCACAUCGUUCCAUUGCCUUUUGUAUGCAACCGCGCCACCUCCAAAAUUCGCUGCGCGUUCUGCCUGAAAACACAGUAAUAAACAUACAUGAACACUGACUCUAAUGUAAAUCAACACCAAAGGAGGAGGUUGGAGUGGGGGAGGGAGCUGUAGCAGCAAACGGAGUUUAUCAGCAGUGAUAGUGAGAAGUGCCAGAUUAUAAUGUCCGCACUGUACACCCGCAUGAAUAUGAUUGGACGUUACUAAUCAGCAGUUAGCCCAGCAGCUGGUGAUUGAGCCAGUGAUUGAAGCAGCUGAUGGCAGCUAAUGCUAAGUGCAGCUUCAGUGCUCUGACCUCAGUGCAGCCUGUUUUGCUAUGGCACCAUGGAUGACCCAUUAUGUUGGUCCAUGCAUUACUACAUUUUUUCCACAUAUUCAAUACUAGAAUCCUAAUUGUAUUUCCAUAGAACCCACCCAACACACAAGAAAGCUAACAUGUAUAUAGGCCCUCAGAGACCCUCAGCUGGUCUCGGACAUUAAACAGCAUCAGAAAAGGGAUGAAGAAUAAUGGAUCCUUACACUGCAGAGCUGUGAACAUGAACAUGCUUUAGGUUUGAUUUUGUUCGAUUGAUUUUUCAUGGGUAUGACAUUAACUACAGAUGAACAAAUAAGACACAAGGAGCUUUAAAGUGCAGUGAAGAAGUUAAAGGAAUGUCAAUGACAAUUAUACAGAACUUUGGAAAAUUAUGAGAAAACAGGGCCCGGGUCACAAUAGUCUUUAGUUAAACUUUAUGUCAUUGCAUGUGUGCUGUAUUAGACAAUACAGAGCAUGAGAGGAAAGAGUGACCUGUAGAGUUCCAGGUACCUUCCAGGAUUUUAGGCAUCGGCUAACCUCGAGUGGAUCGCUUAACAUGACAAAGGGAACAGUUAUCCUGCUGGUUCACUAACGGACAUCAGAGUCAAAAAGGAUGAUGAAGGGAACCGGAUACAGUAUGUGGCGUAUUCAAGUGAUCAAGCUCAGAAACACCAAAGAAGAAGAAGCAUGGACCAUUUAUUGUCCUAACAGCUGAUGUCUGGUCAGUACUUGGCAAUGUUAGCUAGUUAGUUUUGCUGAUGUGACAGACAACUAAAUCCAGAACUCUUUCCUGGGUUUCGAAGUGUAGUGCUUCAUUAAAUGGUUAUUACACUACAUUUCCCUCCACAGACUCACACAUUGAUAAACCACUUCAGUAACACGGACUGUCAGUGGACACUAUAAAGGGAAUGAAGGAAAAUCAAGGCCUUGCUGCAACACACAGACGGCACUUAAACAAGAAGUUCUAAAAACUUUCCUUGAAUGUUACUGCAAGAGCAAACGCAACCUGUGAAAUCAGCAAGUUCAGCUUUUCUCAGCGGAUUGAGGCAUUCACUGCAGUGGCUGUGGAGUCAUUUGACACCAUGCACUUGGUAUUCUGGAUAAAAGCUUGUAUCCCAGUAAAGUGUCACUCAGAGCAGCUUUACCGUGUUUAAUCUGCUGCUGAGGUAUAUUUCAAACCUAGGCGUAAGUGAUACUCGGAUAACUUGUGUUUGUGCCUCGUUGUUGUGGAUCAUUUAGGUAAAGCACUCUUAUUUGGGGUUUUUUUCACUCAUGGAACAAUAACUAAUUAUUAUGAGAUAUUUCUAUUUUAAUCAUUUUUCAUUGUUCAUAGUUUUACCUCUUUUUAUAAUCACAGACCAAAUGGAAUAUGAAUAUAAACAAUAUUUUUUAUAAUCGAAAGAAACUUGAAUAGCAGAAUUGCAGUUGAUAUAAAAUGACUUUGAAGGGAUCAAUACUAUAAUAUGUGUAUACAUAUAAUGUGUGAAUGCCAAUAAAAGGGAAUCAUACUGGUAAAUUAUCAGAGCAUGUUUGACUGGGAGCUGUGGGAAAACUUGUGUAUUCAGUUCCAGUGCUGUAGAAAACGAGUCUUUUGUCAUGUUCAACCAAAGCUCUAUUCCUCAUCCCAAUUAUGCUAACUUUGUCUUUGCUUCCUUUUUAUGUCUUUGUUGCCCCGGUGACUUCUUUGAUUCUGUGUGUGAUGGUUUUGUUUUAUAAAGAAACACUCAUUAAACAAAGUUCAUGAGGUGCAACUAGAAA